GACGAACCCUACCUGGACCUCUACUGGACCGACUUGUGCGAACAACGCAACGGCGACCUCUGGCUCUUUGGCAAGGUCCGCCAACCCACCACCACCACCGAAGCCUCGCCAUCCUUCGUCAGUGCCUGUGUCGUUGUCCAGCACAACAUGCGCAACCUCUACGUCUUGCCCCGACAAACAGCCUCCGGAUCGGACGAUGCCAAAGAAGACGUAGAGCCCGAUCUCCAGGCCGUACACGGGGAAGUCAAGUCCCUCCUACAAACCCACGUACUCCCCAAAACGGCCGGCACUUCCUGGGCCAGCAAACCCGUACAGCUCACCUACGCUUUUGACGAUCCCACCGUCCCCCGCUCCGCCACCACUUACCUACAGGUACUCUACGACGCCAAGUACCCCGCGCUCCCCGCCGACGUUGCGCAUCCAGCCGGUAGCGUCAGUGACAACAUUGCCCGUAUCUUCAACGCACAAGCCUCAAUCACCGAAACCUUUCUCGUCCAACGCCGCAUUCAGGGACCCUCCUGGUUGCGUCUCAGAGCACCGCGGGCCACUACCGCACCCGUUUCUUGGUGCGCCCUCGAAGUCAUCCUCGACUCACCCGACCACGUCGCCCCGCUCGCCCAGCAACACGCCACACCCCCGCCGCCCCUCACCGCCGUCGCACUCAAACUACAAACCUGGGUACAUCCCAAAACGCAUGUUUCCGAAAUCGUCGCCGUCUCGGUCACCUGCCACGAUCGCAUUCAAUUGGAAGGAUCGAGCGACGCUCAGCACACCAAGUUUCAGCUUUCCCUCAUUCGCCCCAUUCCCACCGACGCCGGCGCCGUAGCGACCUUCCCCCGCGAUCUGGACGCCGCCAUCCAACAGAACAUGCCCAAUUUACGCCGGCAGGCCAACGAACGCGCCUUGCUCAGCUGUUUGCUGGCCACUUUGGGGGCCUGGGAUCCGGAUGUGGUGAUUGGGCACAACGCGUGGGGGUACGAUCUGGACGUGCUCUUGACCCGCUGUGCGGCACUCAAAGUGCCGGUUUGGUCCCGACUCGGGCGUCGUCGGCGCACCGGACCACCGCCCAAAUUUGGUGCUCGCAAGGACUACGCCAUUGCCCAAGCCCUGGCUGGGCGACUCGUGUGUGACACCUACCUGUCCGCCAAGGAACUUUUGCGCGAAACCACCUACUCCCUGACCAACCUGGCCGCCACGCAACUAAAAACGAAACGACAAGAAAUCGAACCGGCCGAUAUUCCGCAAUGGUUCCAGUCCUCGAAGACCAUUGUACAAUUGGCGCUGUCGACCCUCUUUGACGCCCAAUUGAUUCAAACGCUGGCGUUGAAGCUGCAAGUGUUGCCGUUGUCGCACCAACUCACGUGCGUCGCCGGAAAUUUGUGGUCCCACACGCUCAAAUCCAACCGCGCGGAGCGUACCGAGUACCUUCUCCUGCACGAAUUUCACCGACUUCAGACGCUACCUCCGGAAAAACACCGCGCUCUCAAGGACGAAGGCGGCUCCAAAGCCAAGUACGCCGGUGGACUUGUACUGGAACCCAAAAAGGGACUCUACGAUUCCUAUAUUUUGCUACUUGAUUUCAAUUCUCUCUACCCGAGUAUUAUUCAAGAAUACAAUCUGUGCUUUACCACGCUCGAUUGGGCCGGUUUGGCGGGCACCGAGGACAACGUGCUGCCCGACUUGCCCGAUACCGAAGCGGACCGGGGCGUCCUACCCCGCGUCAUUCAAAGCCUCGUAGAACGCCGUCGAACCGUCAAGAAACUUCUCAAGUCGGAAACGAACGCUGUACGGAAAGAAGAGUUGGACAUUCGUCAAAAGGCGCUGAAACUGACGGCCAACUCGAUGUACGGCUGUCUCGGUUUUUCGAACUCGCGAUUCUUUGCGCAACCCAUUGCAGCCUUGAUCACGUCCAUGGGACGCGAGAUUCUGCAACGAACGGUGGACAUUGCUCAACAAAAAGUUGGUCUCGACGUUAUUUACGGAGACACCGAUAGUAUUAUGAUCAAUACCCGUAUCAACGAUGAGAACGACUUGCCCAAGGUCAAGGAGCUGGGCGAACGCGUCAAAAAAGAAGUCAACCGACUCUACCGGACUUUAGAACUAGAAAUCGACGGUAUUUUCCGUUCCAUGCUGUUGCUCAAAAAGAAAAAGUACGCUGCCAAGACUGUGGAAGAAGGUCCGAACGGCGAAGUCAAAUACGGUCAAGAACUCAAAGGCCUGGAUUUGGUUCGUCGUGAUUGGUGCAUUCAAUCCAAAGAUACAGGGCGCUACGUGACGGAACAGAUUUUGUCGGGUCAAGAGAGUGAUAUUGUGAUUGAGAAUAUUCACAGUCAUCUCGAGGAGCUCGCCACAAAGAUGCGCGCCGGGAAUCUGCCUCUCGAAAAGUACACGAUUACCAAGGGGCUCAGCAAACACCCCAACGAAUACCCGGAUGGAAAAUCGCAACCGCACGUUCAAGUGGCCAUGGUCAUGCUCAAGAAUAAUCGCCCCGUAAAUACAGGUGACCACAUUCCGUACAUCAUCACCGUAUCGGAAGAAGCGGAAGCAGAAGACAAAAAGCCGAAAUCCUCUUCUUCGGCCGAGCGUGCUCGCCACCCCGAAGAAAUUUUACGAAGCAACGGAGCAUUGAAACCUGACGUCGAGUGGUAUUUGACGCAGCAAAUUUUGCCACCUGUGGCUCGUCUUUGCGAGCCAAUUGAAGGAAUGUCGCAACAGGUCUUGGCCGAGAAGCUGGGUUUGGAUGCUUCCCGCUACAACCAUGCUGUUCGAACCAGUGGAGAUAUUGAUGCCGACGAACUCAUCGAUUACACUCCAGCAUCGUCUCUUUCGGACACGGAGCGUUUUAAAGAAGUUGAAAAGUUCUAUCUCCAUUGUUAUGGCUGUGGGGUGGAGAGCCAAUUCCCGGGUGUCUAUCACGUCGUUACAAACUCCCAGACCGGAAAUCAAAACACGGUAUCAGGUCUGCAUUGCACCAACCCUGAUUGUCUUCGUCCGAUGUUUUGGGGUCACGCGACCCAAUUUGAGUGCUUUGCGCGCAUUUCCAAUAACAUUUCAAUCUGGACCCAAGACGUCAUGCGCAGGUAUUAUUCAAGUACAAUUCGAUGUGAUGAGCCUGGCUGCAGCUUGGAAACGCGGCAACUUUCGGUGGUUGGCGGCGUUUGUCUACGCCGUGGAUGCAACGGAAAGAUGUGUUCAGUUUUCAGCGAACGUUCCGUCUACACGCAUCUUAAGUACAUGGAGAGUCUGUUCAAUAUUGACCACGCCUCGACUCAGUGGAAUAAGAAAAAAAAGAAGCAAGACGACUCCUACGCAUUGGUCAAGAAUGACGAGACUAUCUUUAAAGAGCUACACAAAGUUGCCAUGAGGGGCCUUGAAUCAAACGGAUUCAAUUGGAUUUCUCCUGCAUUUUGGAAUGGAAUGUUUUCCAUUGCGGCUAAGCAGUAA